CGUCACAGUGUGCGCGUUCACGGAAGAGAAACCGGCCGGCGGAACUGAGGCGAGUGUGACGGUCCUCUUUUUCCUCCUCCUCCUCCUCCUCCUCACUAUUUGUAUUUUCUGCUUUUAUGCGCAUCCAGGCUUCGUCUCCUCCGCCACGGAAAGAAGCCCCGCACCGCGACACGACUGACCCACUGUGACGAAGAGGAGGACCAUGGGAAACCUCACACUCUGGGGGGCUAAGGCCACAGGGACUGAAACAGACAGUGGAGGGAGGUUUCUAUCCAGGACGAUCAGAAGCAACAUAACUUAUUAUUACACUCCAUUGUCAGGGCACCAGAUGUUAUGUCCAGAGAAAGACUCUCAGACGUCCACCCCUCUUUGUCCCACCUCAUCACUGUCACCCUCCCCUCUGCCACUCAGGAGCUACCCCUCUGCAGAUCCUUCCAUCUCACCGUUGCUUUCUGAUUCACCUCAACACACAAACGGCCAUCACCAUGACCGGUCCGAUUCUGCCUCCACUUCACGUCCACUUCUUCUCUUCUUCCCGUGGCUCGGUGCGAGGACGGGGGCAGUGGCCAAGUACAGAGACUUUUACCUGGACCGUGGCUUUGAUAUCCUCCUGGUCUACAGCAGUGUCAUGCACUUCCUGUGGCCUCAAUGGGGGCUCAACUAUGGUCUGGAGGUGUUGAAGAUUCUGGAGGAGCCUGAGUUCUCGGGGAGGCCGGUUCUGAUCCUCGCUUCGUCCAUCGGUGGCUACACUUUCACCCAGAUACUCACCCACGUCAGUCAGGGACCGGAAAAAUACUCUGGCCUGGUCCAGAGAGUGACGGGGCACAUCUACGACAGCCUGGUGGCUGGCAGCCUUGAGCACAUGGCGAUAGGUCUCGGUAAGACUCUGGUGCCACGUUUCGAGAACUUCGUCAAAAACUUGGCCCUGCUCUACUUCAGGCUCUUCAAAACCCAAACGGCAGACGUGUACGACAGGAUCGUUCAGGUCUUCCACAACAACCCGAUCACGGCUCCGGCUCUUUUCUUCUUCAGUGAAGACGACGCCCUGUGCGACCCAGACGCUGUAGAUGAGCUGAUUGAUCUCUGGAGGAAGCGAGGCGUGGCCGUUGAGAGCAGGAAGUGGAGGGAGUCGACACACGCGGCUCACCUGCGGUGCCACCCGCAGGAAUAUCUCUCUACACUGGAAAAAUUCUUGAAUUCACUGCAGCUCUCCUCCAUUAAGAAAGCGUGAACUGUAAAGGGAGUCCAAUCUGUGACAUGUUUCAUGAUUUUAAAAAUGAAGAAGCAUUUAUCUGUGGCAGCUUUACGUUUUAAGAGAUAUGAACUAUUUAAUGCAUUUCUGUUGGUAUUGUUGCAUUUGAUUUGCACAGUAGUAUAAAUAUGGGGCUUGCGCUAAGAAGCACAUCUACUUGCAACUGAUAGUAUUCGUAACAACCCCUGUUUUUAAAAUGUAUUUAUUAUUUAUUUAUUUCAGCAUGGUGACAUCACAGUUUUGUUGGGACAACAACAGAAAAUGAUAUGCCAAAAUAUAAUAUAAUGCCUGAGGUUGUUAUUUAACUUAUUGGCUGCCAUUGACUGUUAUAGAGUCAAUUUGGCCACUGCGUUGAAAAUGGCUGCUGAUGCACAAAAAGUUCCAAUGAAUGUAAUGUUUUCGGGUCUUUUGGCUGCUAAUGCAGAGGACGACGGAAAAGUAGCCUGGAUGAUGCAUGCGAGUGAAACUUUGCACGACUAUGAUAUGAUAUUUGCAAUGUGUGCACUAUUUUUCUAUUGAAAUACAACAAAAUCAUAUUAUAUACAGUACAAGCACACCACAAUGUGACUUGUGGAUAUCUGCAACCAAACGAUGACUAGGAAUUGAGGAUAUGUUGAAAUUGAAUUGAAAUUUUUCUAAAAUAAAUUGGAAAUGUCUCAAACUGGAAAUAUGAAUUGUCAUAAUUUAGCUGCAGAUAAUCUGCAUGAAAUACAGUAUAAAAGUGACAUAAUUUUUUCCUUGGAAGAAUGAAAUGAUGGAUUUCAGAACUUUAUUAUGGAUAUCUGUUGUAUAUACCAGAUAUGCCUGGACAAUUUAGCUAAAAAGACAAAUAAAGAUUGAUCUUUGCUCCAGA